AUGGGGAUCAAAAAAAAUUUAUCAUACAAUAAGAAGUUGGACAUCAUUGAGGGGUAUCAAGAUCAAGGAAAUCAAGGUCGAACGAAUGAAGUGGCUAACAAAGCACUUGUUUUUAUACUUUCUGGCAUUAGAAAGAAAUGGAAGCAGCCAAUAGCAUAUUAUUUGUCAGGAAAUUACACAACUGCUGAUAGAUUGGCCACUUUGAUAAAAGAGGUCCUAGAGGAAUGUUUCAAGGUGGGACUAAAUAUUAUAGCCACAAUGUGUGAUCUUUCUCAGUUGAUCUUGGGCGGCGGUAAUCACUCACCAUUAGACUGCGACACAACUACUCCAAAGUAUAUUUCGUCGUCGGAUUCGCAGCUGUCGAAAUCAAGAGAAACCCAAAAAUCUUUAUAUUGCACCAUUGAACAAAUGUGUUCGACCGUAGGGCAGCUGUCUGGCCAAUUGAAAGAAUUGAUGUGUAGAAUGAUGGAAGCUUUUGAGAAAAACCGAUGUAAUUAA